AUGCAUGUGAUAGGCGGUAGAGGCAAGGGAAGGAAGGAGGAUGAGGAGGACAAUGGUGUGAGUGGGCUGGCUAGGUUCGUAGAGGAGAGAGAGGUGCCUGGUGUAUGGAAGCAGAAGGGCCGAGGGAGAGGAAGGGGGAGGUGUGAGAGGAGGAAGGAGAGAAGGGAGGGUAGGGAGGGGGAAGAAGGUUUGGAUGGGAGAGGAGGGAUGGAUGUGGGGGAGGAGGAAGAGGAUGAGAUUGAGGAUAGUGGGGGAGAGAGUGAGGGUGUGAGGGGGAAGCAAGGAGGACAGGAGGGCAUGGGUUGUCAUGCAGAUGCGCAUGGCAUGGGCCAUGAUGCAUAUGGCAUGGGUCAUGAUGCGCAUGGCAUGGGUCAUGAUGACUAUGCCAUGGGACGAGACGGCGAGACAGUAAACGGAACGACGACGGGUGACGAGAAGGAUAAGUCGGGAUGGAGAACCCUGGCUGAAGGCCUGGAGCAAUCUCCUGGAAUCUUCUCCUCGCAAGCAGAAGCCGCCAAGGCUGCCGGCCAAUCAGGCCGCCGUCGGCGGAGGAGCAAGAUGUGGUCGCUGACUGAAAAGGGCUGGGUGCUGAAGACAACCCUACCUCGGCCUACUGCUAAACUAUCGCAGGCUAGUUCAGGAGCUGAUACUGCCGUUGCUGCUGCUGCUGCCGCCGCUGCGUCGCGGGGGGGUAUUAUAGAUGGGGUGACUCUGGAGGAAAACGGCAGCACAAGAGCGGUGCAGUUUGGUGCUGAGCCGACUGGGUUCGGUUCGACCCGGUUCGAGUCGGUUGAGAAGCUUGAAGCGGAGGAGACGGCGGAGAGCAGUGCGGAGGACAUGGAGCUCCCGAUAGGGAGUGGCGGAGGAAUCGAGGAGCGGAGCGGAAUGGCCGCGCAGGAGAAUGACAUCGUCAGCGAUUUCCUCCUCGAGUCGCGGAUGAGCCGCGGAAUCGGCAACGACGGCGGUCUGAGCCAGCUUCCCCCCGGGGCGGCCGCGGCACUGCGCGGAGCGCUGCGGUGGGCUCCGCCCGCCCCGAAGAACGACGCCCCCAAGCGGCUGAAGAUCAACCUGGAGCUGGACAUUUACCGCGCGCGCAACCUGUUCCGCAUUGGCAAGGCGCAAGACGCGGAGGGGCUCAUGCGCAAGGCUGUGCGCGAUUGGCCGGAUGACGGGCGGCCGUACGUGGUGCUGGGGCGCAUGCUGCAGCGGAAGGGCCGGCUGGGGGAAGCGCGCCGAGUCUUUGAGGACGGCUGCCAGGCGCUGGGCGGAGAUAACGCGUUCAUCUGGCAGACAUGGGCUGUGCUGGAGGCACAAGCAGGCAACGUGGAGAAGGCGCGGAAGCUGUUUGAUGCUGCCACGGUGGCAGAUGAGAGACACGUGGCAGCAUGGCAUGGGUGGGCGGUGCUGGAGCUGAAGCAGGGGAAUGUGCGCCGGGCGAGGGAGCUGCUGCAGAAGGGGCUGAAGCUGUGCGGCGGGAACGAGUACAUAUACCAGACCCUAGCAGUGAUGGAGGUGCAGAGCGGGCGUGUGGCGGAGGCAAGGGCACUCUUCCUGCAGGCCACGAGGAUGAAUGCCAAGAGCGCCGCCAGCUGGCUGGCGUGGGCGCUGCUGGAGGCUCAGCAGGGCGACGGAGCCUCUGCCCGCCUGCUCUUCCAGCGUGCCCUAAAUGCGAGUCCCAAGAACCCCUACACAUGGCAGGCGUGGGGGCUGUUUGAAGCAGCCCAGGGUAGGUACGACCGGGGGAGGCUACUGCUGCAGCGGGGGGCACAGCUCAACCCCAAAGACGCGGCACUGCUGCAGGCGCUGGCUCUGCUGGAGUAUGAGUGUGGAUUCACCGGGACAGCAAGGGAACUCUUCAGUCAGGCUUCUCUGGUCAGCCCCAACCACCAGCCUGUGUGGACGGCGUGGGGAUGGAUGGAGUGGAAGGAGGGGCGGGUGCUGCGAGCAAGGGAGCUCUACCAGAGGGCAGUGGAGGUCAAUGACUCCUCGCCCAAUGCUGCCAGAGUGUUCCAGGCAUGGGCAGUAUUGGAGGAGCGGGAGGGCAACAUAGGGCUGGCGAGGGCGCUGUUCAAGAGAGCGCUGGCUGCAGACUCCGGCAACUCGGUGGUGUGGCGCUCGUGGGCUGCCAUGGAGGAGAGACAGGGGAACGCCGUAAGGGCAGAGGAGUUAAGGCUCAUGCGGCUGCAGCAG